AGAGAGAGAGAGAGAGACAGAGAGACAAGACGGAGCGCACGCGGGUUUUUAGCUCAGAGCGGCGGUGACGGCGGCGGUGUUGUUGCGCGCGCGGACCCGGUGGAAGUGGUGCACGAGCUCGUGCGUGCGCUUUAACGACUCGACACUCUACACUACUGGAGUUGUGUUUUUUUUUAUUUGUUGUGUUUUUUCUCUGGUGGACAUAAAGCGGAGAGCGCGAGACAGAGAGAAAACAACAGACUUAAAUCAUCCGUUAGACUGAAAUCAUAUUAAUAAAAGAACAACACGAGGUUUUUAGCCUCAACUUUUUUUUCCCUUCUGAUGUGAACACGUUUUUUUUUUUGGUUCCACGGAGGAGCACGAGUUUGUUUGUAUUGUUUCUUAUAUUAAAUCCAGAUCUCUGCAGAUCUCCGGACUGACGCGCGCUGGGCACGAUGGAUAUCACACACACGCUCACACACACGCUCACACACACACUCCUGCUCCUCGCGUGCUGCUGCUGCGGCUUCACGGUGCGCGCAGAGGCAGAAGGUGAGAAGUGCGGUGAACCCGUCGACGCCACCACCGCGGGUUAUAUCACUUCUCCUGGUUACCCUUCGGAGUAUCCGCCACACCAGAACUGCGAGUGGGUAAUUACAGCCCCGGAACCCACCCAGCGCAUCAUACUGAACUUCAACCCCCAUUUCGAGCUGGAGAGGCUUGAUUGCAGAUAUGACUUUAUUGAGAUCAGAGAUGGUAGCUCAGACUCUGCUGACCUUCUGGGCAGGCACUGCAGCAACAUCGCUCCUCCAGCCAUCAUGUCCUCCGGCCCAGUCGUCCACAUCAAGUUUGUCUCCGAUUACGCUCACCAAGGUGCUGGGUUCUCACUGCGUUAUGAGAUUCUAAAGACCGGUUCAGAACACUGUUUCCAGAACUUCACAGCACCGACUGGUGUGAUUGAGUCACCUGACUUCCCGGACAAGUACCCUCACAACCUGGAAUGCUCCUACAUCAUCAUCGCCCCACCUCAGACAGAGGUCACCCUCACCUUCAAGACCUUCGACCUGGAGAACGACCCCUUGCUGAUGACUGAGGCCGAGUGCAAAUACGACUGGCUGGAAGUGUGGGAUGGACUGCCCCAGGUUUCACCACUUAUUGGGCGAUAUUGUGGCAUGAAGAUCCCUCCGGAGAUCGUGUCCUCCACGGGUCUCCUGUCUCUCUCCUUUCACACCGACAUGGCGGUGGCAAAAGACGGCUUCUCUGCACGCUACAACAUGACUCACAAAGACGUUACCGACAGCUUCCACUGCAACACUGUGUUUGGCAUGGAAUCAGGAAAGAUCUCAGAUGAGCAGAUUUCCGCCUCGUCUUCGUUCUACGAUGGCCGCUGGCUUCCUCGCAUGGCCCGUCUCAACAACGAGGACAAUGCCUGGACACCUGCAGAAGACAGCAACAAGGAGUACAUUCAGGUGGACCUGCACUUCCUGAAGGUUCUAACAGGCAUCGCCACACAGGGAGCCAUCUCAAAGGAGACACAGAAGUCUUACUACGUCACCACCUUCAAGCUGGAGGUCAGCACAAAUGGAGAAGACUGGAUGAUGUAUCGGCAUGGCAAGAACCAUAAGAUAUUCCACGCAAACACCGACCCAUCAGAAGUGGUUCUGAAUCGCAUUCCACAGCCCACUCUGGCCCGAUUCGUCCGCAUCAGACCCCAGACCUGGAAGAAUGGCAUCGCUUUACGCUUUGAGCUCUACGGCUGCCAGAUCACAGACGCUCCAUGCUCCGAGCUCCAGGGCCUGCUCUCUGGCCAGCUUCCUGACUCGCAGAUCUCUGCGUCCUCGGUUCGAGAUCUCCACUGGGCUCCGAGCACGGCGCGUCUGGUGGCUAGCAGGUCCGGCUGGUUCCCUGCUCCUCCGCAGCCACUGGCCGGAGAGGAGUGGCUCCAAGUGGACCUGGGAAAAGCCAAGACAGUGAGCGGUCUCAUCACUCAGGGAGCGAGAGGUGGAGACGGAGGAACGAGCUCUGAAAACCGGGCCUUUGUACGAAAGUACCGCCUGGCCUACAGCAUGAACGGAAAAGACUGGAACUUUGUGAUAGACAGCAAAACCAGCAUGCCUAAGAUUUUUGAAGGCAACGUACAUUUUGACAUGCCUGAGUUGCGGCGGUUCGAGGAGCUCGUCGCUCGGUUCGUCAGGAUUUACCCUGAACGCUGGUCUCCUGGUGGCAUCGGCAUGAGGAUAGAGGUUUUGGGAUGCAGCCUUCCAGAAACGUCCACCGUUACUGUGCCAACAUCCACAGUCUCACGCUCUUCCCCUGCAGAAACCAACACGGCUCAUAAACUCAGCUCUCCAACCUCAAGCACAUCUCCCACAUCUCCCCCCUCGUCCAUGGUACUGUGCGAUUUUGAGCAAGGUUUGUGUGGAUGGACUCAUGACCCCAACUCCGACAUCAUCUGGGCUUUGCACACCUCCAGCAGAAUCACAGCCCAAGGCCAGAGUCAGGACCUCUCUUUAGGCUCUAACAGCCUGGGAAACUACCUAUAUGUUGAAGCUAGUUCCAAGACACAGGGAAAGAAAGCCAGGAUAUUCAGCCCAGAGGUAGGGCCUGAAACAGGCCCUCUAUGCUUGAAGUUCUCCUAUCAGCUAGAGGAUGAGGGAACCCUUCGCGUGCUACUGCGUUACCCGCUUCAAGAGGAAACCCUACUCUGGGCUCUCCAUGGCAGCCAGGGCUCCAUGUGGAAGGAGGGACGCACCAUCCUACCCCGAUCCCCUAAGGAAUUCCAGGUGGUCAUUGAAGGCAUCUUUGAAAAGACAACCACAGGCCACAUCUGGAUCGAUAAUAUCCAUAUGAGCUCCAGCACGCCACUGGAGGAAUGUACACAACCUUUUGCUGCCUUUCAACCCGAUGUGCCUGGGGGAGCCCUACCAGGCAGAAGUGAGCCAACAGUAGAUACCCUGUCAGUGCCACCUAUUUCCCCCAACUGGUAUUACUUCAUGGCUGGCGGAGGCGCCAUCUUGUUCCUGGUCAUUGCCGUUGUCAUGGCCAUUGGCUGUCGUCGCCUGACAGCCAAGAGGAGCAGACCCACCAUGGCCUACUAUAGUCCCCACAGUGCUUACUACCCAAACGGUGCCAUGUCCAGAGCAGGGGGGGGUCCUAAGUUGACUGUUUGGGUUGAGAAGGGGGAUGGAAACUCCUACUGGUGAGGAGACUGUGUUAGACAUUGACCUAUAUUGCUGACAGAAGGUCAGAAGAAAAGAACUUAGAAGAGCAUUGAAAAGUUGGUUUAGUGUAAGUGAUGCCUCAAACAAGAACUAUUUGUCUUGGUACCAACUCACUACCAACUGCUUGGGAUCUGCGCAACUGAAGAGUGGACAGGAACCAGCAUCUGCUUUAACCCUGUUGGUUUUCAUUGUGCUUUAUUAUUCCUCAAUGCACCUUCACUUGCUGGAUUUGGUGAGACACUGUGAAUCUGUUUACUGCAGAGUACCAGCCAGUGGUUGUCUGGAAAAACGCCAUAACGGAAAACCUUCCGUUUGCAGGUGUAACUGUGAUGUGACCAGGUUGAAAGCUACUUGUGCCUGUACCUGGUGGUAGCUCCUGGACUACGAGACCAUCAGAGACUAAAUUGGACAUGCUGUCCAAGCCAACGACCUUAAUCAUAGAUCCAAGACUGGCAUGAUGCUUUACUAAUAUUUCAGAUGGGGAUUGGUUCUAACUGUUUCCAAUUCAGGGCUAAAUGAAGGACUGGAUUACGAGAUCAGGACUGAAGGCCAGCCUUAUAGUUUGUGCAGAUCUAGUUAAUAAUUAUUAUAAUAAUAAUAAUAAUGUUGUAUAUCUAUAUGUGGUGUCAACCUGUGUGGUUUACAAAAAAAGGAAUGAAUCUUGGGUAAAUUUACAGCUGUCAAAAUGUUUGCACUUUGAAUAGAUCUUAGUAGUAUUUGCAAGGUGGUCUGGGAAAACCCGUCAGAUGACACUGAGGCGAAAUUUGGGCAAUUUGACAAAAAGGGUAUGUUUCUUAUACUAUAAAUACAUUGCACUGAAUGUAAACUAUCUGGAAAUGGUUUAUUUACUUUUUGAAGUCGCCUUGAUUUCUUCCUGCAAAAACCAUGUCAGUUAAGUUUAAUAAACACUGUGGGGAAAAACAGACAGCGUGAAUGUCCAAAACCUCUCGAGUCAAGCAUGAUAUCCUCAGUUAUCAUCACAAUUUGAUAGCUAUGUAGCUCAAUUUAUUGUAGCUGAUUAAAUUCAGUUUUAGAUCAUGGCUGUUAAAUUUCCUACCAUACUCGUAUGCCACGUGUAAAAAUGAACAAAACCUUAUUUGGAGUUGGCAAAAGAAAAGUUUUUAUGAUGAUUACAAACAAACAGAAGGGUUUCCCAGGCCGCUACACAAUUUAUCUGUUUACUAUUUAGCCAAAAGAGACAGUCAAUGGACCAUUUUUAAUAAGUGUGUUGAGGUCGGGCAAUGGGGUAAACUGGGGUAAAAGUGAGCAUGCAUGUGUACGAUUUUGUAUAUUUUUACAGCCUCAGGUUCAGUGAAAAGCUUGAUUUUAAUGGUGGACAGUCCAGUAAGAACCUUCCAGAAGAAGAAGAACAACAACAACAACAAAAAAAAUACAUUUCAUAGAUUUUUAGGUCACAGUAAAGCUAGCAUCAAUGUGAGAGGAAAAUGAGAAGAGAGAGAGAAGAUUUUCAUUUCCAUAUUUCUCCAUCUCAAGACAGGGCUAGUAGAGUUCUGCAUUUUCAUUUCCAUGCAUGUUCCUCAAAUUUCACAGUGAAAAUCACCACAAAUAUUGCGUAGGCCCCCUCGGUUCUAAGCCAGAAGUGAGGAGGCGAACAUUAUUCCAACCAAAUGGCUGUCAGUGUUUUAUUCCCUGCAACAAGCCACAUAAACAACACCAGCUGCUUUCCUUCACAGCCUCGUUUUAAUAUGAGAGAGAGAGAGAAGCGGUGAAGGAGGGAGCUCUGUGCACUCCUAACAGCUGGUAGACAUUUCGUUAUGCUGCAGGCCUCGGAGGAUUCCAGAACAAUGAAGAUCACGCAGCACCUCCACGUGGUUUAGUAGUUUUCAGAACAAUAUUUCACAAUAAAUUUAGUUAGCACUGGUGGAAAGACUUCUAUUAAUGCUUGUUCUACUUGUUCCCUAGUUCUCUACGUAUUUCCUACUUCCCAAAUUGUAUUUUUUGUUCCGUAUUUUUGAGCAAUUUCCUAAUUUCCUUGAUUUGGGGCUAGAUUUGAAUAUUUUACUAGUUUCCUGGUUUUAAAGGUUUUCUAACUUCCACAUUCCCCGUGUUCUGUUCGUUUCCCCUAGUUUUCUUGCACUCCAUGCUUUCUUUCAUAGUUUCAUAGUAUUUCUAAAUUAUAGAACGUCUCACGGGGGGCACGGUGGCUUAGUGGUUAGCACGUUCGCCUCACACCUCCAGGGUUGGGGGUUUGAUUCCCACCUCCACCUUGUGUGUGUGGAGUUUGCAUGUUCUCCCCGUGCCUCGGGGGUUUCCUCCGGGUACUCCGGUUUCCUCCCCCAGUCCAAAGACAUGCAUGGUAGGUUGAUUGGCAUCUCUGGAAAAUUGUCCGUAGUGUGUGAUUGCGUGAGUGAAUGAGUGUGUGUGUGUGUGCCCUGUGAUGGGUUGGCACUCCGUCCAGGGUGUAUCCUGCCUUGAUGCCCGAUGACGCCUGAGAUAGGCACAGGCUCCCCGUGACCCGAGGUAGUUCGGAUAAGCGGUAGAAGAUGAGUGAGUGAGAGUGAGAACAUCUCACUUAGCGAUAGUAGGAGAAGGAGAUGGAAUCCAACUAAAAAGGGGGAAGGGGGGUGCUUUGUUAGCUAUCCAUUCCUAUUUCCAUUAGACAAAGUAUUGGCAUUUGUUUGCAAUAUGCUUUUAAAUUAAUCUCAUCUCGCCAUGUGUUCUUUCAAGCACUUAAUAUUUUUAAUUAGUUAAUGGACCCGAUAGCAUUUCUUACAGCUGCUGGAAGUUUUCCUCCUUCGUAGCCCUGGAGAACGUGGUAAUGAGUGAAAGCUUUCUCCAGAGACUUAUUCCAGAAAGACUGGAUGCCAAAAUCUUCUUAUCCCCAAAUGACUUUUUUUUUUUUUUUUUUUUGUCUCCACACUUUAAAAUUAAAACUAUUUUCGUCAAUAAACUAAACUCUUCUUAGGAGCAUUGGGCAUCUCAGGGCUCGUAGAACAGGCAGACAGUCUCCAUCUUCGCAGAGUUGUUAUCUCCUCUAUGUAGAACAGAUUGCUCACAGUUUAGCCAAUCAGCCUUCCACCUUUGUAUCCAUAGCAUACAGGAUUUUAGAUCAAUUUUUCACCCUUGUUUGCUUUGAACCCAGAGGGCUUUCUCUACAAAGACAGCAUUGUCCCGACAAAUCACUUAUCGAUGCUUAAAAUUCUGCCUAUUUUUAUCACCCCACACACCUUAUGUACUGUAGGUGGUCCUGAUGUUCAGACUCUAUCAUCCUGUUCUACAUAAGUAAUGAAGACGAUGCACUUUCCUGUAUGAGUGUCGCACUAUACGUACCUCAAUCUUAACAUGAGUGUGUGGUUUGGGAAGAAAAAUAACAAAAAAAAAGCAAACACGCAAAAACUUCAUAUUUUUUUGGUUGAUGAAUUGGAAAUGCCCUUUUAAAGUAUGGUAAUAAAAUCGUAUUUUUCUAA